AUCCGGAAGAAGCUUGUUGAUCACUUGACCAGCAGUGGACUCCUAUGUGAUAAAAUUUAGUUGUAUGUCUCUGUUUGUUUAGGGGUUUCCUUUGUUACACCUACUCGAGACUUAUUCGACGAUGGGUUUUGUCUUUCUGUGCUGACUAGACGAGUCCCAUUCUAAACUGUUCAGAAAUUAUUCAUCUAACGUGGGCGAGGAAUGAAAUAUGGCUACGUCUGAGCUGAUGCUGAGUCUUGGACUUAUUGAGAGAGAUGUGAAUGCAGACACCCUUUGGGUUUGGUGCUAUCCCUCCAUCAGUGCAGAUCUGCGAGAGCUUCUGAUAAGAAAAUGUUGCCUGACUUUGGACAGUCAGGUGCUGCACACGUUUGUGUUCGGUCAGUACUGCAGAAUCUGGUACUACAUCAGCACUGUAGAAGUUCAGGAACCCACUGCACUGAAAAAGGUGACACAUUUUUCAAUAGUUGUCACAGCUAAGGACUUUAACCCUGAAAAAUAUGCUGCAUUCAGUAGAGUUCUGUGCAGGACGUAUAUGAAACAUGGAAGUCCUGUGAAGAUUAUGGAAGGCUUCAUUGCUGUUCUGACCAAAGGUAUAUGCCAGAGUGAUGAGAAUGGCUCCUUCCUUAUCAAAGAUUAUGAUGUCAGGAAAGCCUACUUGGCUGGCUCUAUAAAAGAUGUUGUGUCUCAGUUUGGUAUGGAGAUUAUCAUCCUUUACACAGCACUAAUGCUGAAGAAAAGAGUGGUGGUCUAUCACCCACAUAUUGAGGCACUGCUGGAGUUUACAAGAGCACUUCCUGGCCUUGUGUGGCAUAGGAAAGACUGGUCCAUACUCCACCCUUUUGUUCACCUGGAUGAUAAUGAACUGGAAAACCUCAAGCUGUGUACAGGGUAUGUUGCAGGGUUUGUGGAUCCUGAAGUUCGAGACCGAUCAGACCUGUUUGAUGUGUGUGUUAAUCUUCCAGACAGUGAGAUCACUAUAUCACAAAAUGCCAAAGAGGCAAUGGCUAUGGGAAAACUCCAUAAAGAGAUUGGCCUCUUCAUUGUCCAGGCCGCAGAUGACAGUGAUCGCACAAAUGCACAGGUUAUUAAGGAUAUUUCAGUAAAAACUAAGGAGAUCCUCAGUAACCUGAUGUCUCUUGCUGAUGAAACAAUGAACUCUAAACUGACUUUGGAGACUCUGAAGCAACAGCACUACCCUCCAGCUACUGAAAACUUCCUCUUCCACUUAGCUGCAGCUGAGCAACUUCUGAAGAUCUGACCA